AUGACACAAAAGAGAGCGCCCUCCGUCCGCCCCUCGUGCUUUGUGACCGUGGAUAUGAAGUUAUUUACUGUACCGUCUCUCAAAUACAUCUCUAUUUGCGCAAUUCAAUCCAAUGGUGAUUGGAUGACGAUCUCAGCACGCUCCCCGGAUAAGGAGCCGUCGCCACCCAAGCAGAUCAACUUCGCUGAGCCGCUGGUUGAGUCCGUGCGUGUGUACCUUGUCAAUGAGCUGCCUACAAAGCAGCUAGCGUUGGUGCAACGCGCACCGUCGCCCACCACACCGUCCCCACCACCAUCACCACGCUGCUAUGUGGACAUAACAACCUCCACAGAGCGUGAGGAUAUCAAAGGGAUUAACUUCGAGGCACGACUCAAACGUAAUGACCUAAAUAACAACGCAUCCCGUCGCAGAAACGAUAGGACAGAGAUGCCCAGUCAAGCUGAACUAAUGCAGCGACAGCCGUUGCUGGCGAGGGCCGUCAAAGCUGACGCGCCACAAGCCACCACAGAUGAAUCGGAUCCGGAUCAAGAUCAUUCACCUCAACGCACUCACGCAGGAAACUUUAUGGUAGAAAUACCCGCGGGAACAGUGAGGGAAGAAAGGUAUCCAAAGGAAAUAUGGAAGACAAUACUAUCAUUCUUCUUCUUAUUUUUAUGUGUCUGCAUAAAUAUGAUGUCGCUAUCACUGGUACAUGAACGUCUUCCGGACCGAAAUACGACGCCGCCUUUGAAUGAUAUCAUACUAGACAAUGUAACAGCACAAGACUGGGGUUUAGCUGUGUCAGAAUAUCUGAUCAUGAUCUCAACGACAGUAGCCAUGAUUGUGGUUGUAUUUCACAAGCACCGAUUCAUCGUAGCUCGUCGCCUCUUCUUCAUUAUUGGCCUAUUAUACUUGUACAGAUCCGUCACCAUGUUUGUGACCGUGCUGCCUGUAUCAAGUAAGACAUACUUCUGCAGUCCGAAGAGCAAUUCUACAACACCUCUUCUCGUUAUAAAAAGAAUGUUUUAUUUAAUAUCUGGUUUCGGACUAUCGAUCAAUGGGAAGCACACAUAUUGUGGAGAUUAUAUAUACUCCGGACACACUAUGGUUUUAGUGCUGAGUUACCUAAUCGUAGCAGAAUAUUCUCCAAAAAAAUUAUGGCCGGUGCAUUGGGCUAUGUGGGGUUCGGCUAUUCUCGGCAUUAUUCUGGACGUUCCACUCACUACUCGUCACGCCACAUCGAAGCGGCAACGGCUACAACCAUUACAUGAUACAGCGAGAAUGGUGGUACUGGCUUUUCACCUACCUGGAGCGGAACGUGCGGGGGCCGGUGCCGCGACGCUACGACUGGCCGCUGCCCUGGCCGCGCACCAAGCUGUUCAGUAG